CGCUGUAAAGUGUCAUCAUCAUCAUCGUCGUCGUUAUUAUUUCUGAGCAGACACUCGGGCUUUGCCCACGGGGCUUCCUCGCUGCCCGGCUCGGUACUGCAUAUUCAUUGAAAAGCACCGGGACUUCUCGGUUUACGGCAGAGCGCGUCCGUGCGCGUGGUGGUGGGAGCGAGAGCAAGAUGGCGGCGCUGAAGGAGGAGCAGUGUUACGGACUGUCCUGUGGAAGAGUGAGCAACGGCAGCAAUGUCUCUGUGUUUCACGUCAAACUCACUGACAGCGCGCUGAGGGCGUUCGAAGCCUACCAGGGCAGCAGGGUCCUGUCAUCAUCGCCAUUGAUAAGAUUUAAUGGAAACCAAGGGAAAAUUUCAAUACCACGCUCAGAAAAUUCAAGUGAACUCCAAACUUUUACUUUCUACCUGUCGAAUGUGGGCAGAGAUAACCCCCAGGGCAGCUUCGACUGCAUCCAGCAGUACAUCACCAGUGAAGGGAGCAUUCAGCUGGAUUGUUUGGGUGGGAUCCAGGACAAGAUUACAGUAUGUGCCACAGACGACUCCUACCAGAAGGCCAAGGAAAGCAUGGCCCAGGUUGAGGAGGAGACUCGCAGCAGGAGCGCCAUCGUCAUCAAGCCUGGGGGACGAUACGUAGGUAAGAAGGUUCAGAUCCGGAAACCGGCACCUGGACUCUCAGACGUCGCCCCCUCACGGAGGACGUCUCGACCCGUCAUCAUCUCGAGCAGCACGCUGAAGAAGAGCGCAACUCAGCACAGGCCGCUCCGAGAGCGCCUCGUCCACCUGCUGGCCCUCAAGCCUUACAAGAAGCCCGAGCUGAUCCUGAGGUUGCAGAAGGAUGGCCUCUUGCCAUUAGACAAAGACUCCCUGGAUAGCCACCUGCAACAGAUUGCAAACCUGAAUGGGAGAGAAAACACUUUCACAUUAAAGGACUUUUUGUAUAAGGAAAUUCAGAAGGACUGGCCAGGCUACACAGAAGGAGAUCAGCAGCUUCUCAAGAGAAUUCUGUUCAGGAAACAAGCCCAGAACAGCUCUGCACCUCCGCCAGAGAGCCCACCGAAAGAGCUGGCCAGCAGCUCUCCAUCUCAAAAACGGCCUGCUGCCGACUUCAUCGACCCACUCGCCAACAAAAAGCCAAGGAUAUCGCACCUCGCUAGCAAGGCUGCAACACCCCCGGUUAAUGGCAAGAUCAGCUCUUCCAAUGGCAGAGGCGAUGCAGGCAGCGUGCAGUCGGGAGUGGCGGGUUCAGCGCCAGAUGGCGGCACGCCGUCCGGCUCUCAGCAGCUGCCCAUGCUCGACAUCCCCCGUCCUUUUGAAGCAUUGUCGGACGUCAGCAAUGACUCCAGCAACAAUGGACGCGACUGUGACUCUCAGGAAUCGGCGGUGCCCGAGAGGUUCAGUCAGCCGCCUUUGCUCCCUCAAACAUCUUCCCCCAGACACACGGUCCUGGAGGCCCCGCGGGACAAGAGCUCUUCCUCCUUAAACACCAAGUCUAAAAAGAAGUCCAAAAAGCAUAAAGACAAAGAGAAGAGCAAAGAUAAAGAGAAGGUGAGGGAGAAGGAGCAAGAAAACGAGAGGAAAAGUCGUGACGAAUGUGUGCCGGAGCCUAAUAGAGCCUGUGAGACGAGCCUAGGAAACCUCAAAAGCAACAGUAUUCCACACAGAAGCACAGAUCUUAAUGGGAUGUGCAACAGUACCAGUAUUCCUUCAUCUUCACCUGAAGUGGCAGACUAUUUAUUGAAAUAUACAGUGAUCAGCUCUCCAGAGCAGCGUCAAAGGUAUAAAAACGAUUUCAACGCCGAGUACAGCGAGUACCGGGGACUACAUGCUCGAAUAGAGGGCAUCACCCGGCAGUUCACGGUGCUUGAUAAUGAGCUGAAACAGCUCCAACACGGCACAGACAAGUACAAGACGGUUCACAAUCAAAUACUUCAAGAGUAUCGUAAAAUAAAAAAGACUAAUCCAAACUACAGCCAAGAGAAGAACCGCUGUGAAUAUCUACACAACAAACUGGCGCACAUUAAGAAACUCAUUGCGGAGUACGAUCAACAGCAACUUUAAAAGUGGUUAUUAGACUCUGUUCCCUGUUAUCUCUGGAAGCCGAGCAGAUGGCGGAAAGCUCCAGAUUCUGCUUGCGUGGGGAAAAAAGAAAAGAAGAAAAAAAUUGCCAUGAAGGGAGUAUUCCUCUCAUCGGGGCCAAAGGCUCUAGUGGGAACUAAGCGGGACACGCUCUGUUUUUCUUUUGUUUUUUUUCUUUUGUGAAGAUGAGGCGAUGUGAAGAGUUCAGAGAUGUGAAAGUGUCAAACAUGGAAACUUUGCCACGUUCUUGGGAGAUUUCCAAAUUCUUUUUCCUGCUUUGGGAACAGGAGGGACACAGAGUUGAAAACUGCAGAUUGAAUGCCAAACGCAAUUAAUUUGUUUUUGAGUUGAGAAAAAAAUUAAACGAAUGAUGAAAAAGUUUUCCCCACUUAGUGAAAAAUGAAUGGUUGAGAUGUGGAACCUAUUUCUUUGUAUUUAUUUUGGAUAUUAAAAUGGGGGAUGAAUUUGUUUUACACUCCUCUGUAUCAGUACUUUAAAGCUUCUGUUCUCACAUUUUGAAUGUCUGCCAGUAUUUUAUCCAGAAGCUGCCUUGCCCGUCUGUCAGUCUUUUGGGAUAACUUUAUUCAUCUCUUUUAAAGAGAUGCAGAUAUUACUGUUGAUUUGAAACCGGCGCGCACGAUCACACACGGGUUUGCGCAUUCGGCUUUUCGUUUCUAAAAUCAUAUGCACGCGUCUUAAAGGAGGGGGGCUCGGGUUUGCGGUCCUUCGGGACGGGCUCCCGAGCUCGGUUCCUGCGGUGGUCCUAAGUUGUGGUUCAGUUAUUGCGUCAGUGAGGAAACUAUUCUCUGCUAUUAAUGAAUCGUCUUUCCCGUUUAUUACGGCUUUUGUAGCAACAGAAUGUGUCCGAGUUUUCUGAGGAGCUCGGUGUCAGUGUUACUUUUCUUCGCACUACGGAAGAUCCUUGAAUUGUAAGCUGAAGCAGACGGGAUGCAGACCCUACAGCCUUGUUCUUUUCAUCUCCGGGAUGUUUUGGAAGUUUCGGCUCUAACGUGCACCAUUAUCACUUUCAGUUGUGUUCAGAUCACAUUUACUUUUGUUUUUGUCUGCUAAUCUUCCCGCAUGCUAGUCCAUCUGAGACGACUGUUAAGAUGAAGCCAUUUUUGUUCAUCUUCCGAGUGGAGCCCGGUGGACCUCCUGCUCAGAGGAGGACCAGUUUUUGCCUUUUUCAAAUGUGAUGUCAAGUAUUUACAGGGAGCGACCCAAAAAAUCAGUUUCCCGGGUCGGCAUCGAGUCGAAAUGCCCGAGAAACUCCGAGCGCCAUCAGCGAGUGCGUUUCUUAUAUCGAUCUUUUUACGUGAAUAUGGAGAAUCUGCACUUUUUCUUCUGAUCUUGCUGUUACCUGGGAGUUUUGUCCAAUCGACACACUUCUUUGUCCAUCCGAGUGCAUGCUUUAUGAAUGAGUUACAAUGAACAGUCUUUGUAUCUUUACUUGAAGAAAAAAAAAAACUGCCCAAGGAUAUUAAAAUCCACGCUGAGGCCUAGUCCGACUGUAUUAUCAUGUAAUCGAGUAGACGUGACUCUGACCAGCAUGUAUACCAAAGUGCUUACUGAGUGGGAUGACACAAAACGCUCUACCAAAUGUUGGCAAAGGAACUUGCCACAGAAUUCCCCGCUUCCAGUUCUCAUUCUAUUUGUCUAUGAUUUACCAUCCAGUAGGAGGUUUUUCAGUGUUUCCCUGUGAGAGGGGUCAGAGCUUCGCACUGGACUUGUCAGGUUUCAGAUUUUCAUCUCGCUCCUAAUGCAAACACUACAUGAAGUUCAGAGCUUAGAAACGCGCUGCCAGGUUCAGACCGAGGCUGGAUCUGGGACUCGGAAGUCUGUGAGGAGGAGUGUUUUGUUACUGGUAUCAACACUCGGCAUCACCCAGCGUUACACCUUUUAACAAAGACUUUCAGUCACUCUUACUGUAUCUUGUUUUCUACAAAGAUUCAGACAUGAUUACUGUAUUUCCCUCUCUCUGGUCAAAAUCCAUCGUGAAUGAGUUUAUCAGUGAAAGUUAUUUUGAUCCAAUGGAGAGCAAACUGUUUGGUAAUGAUAUGCCAGCACAUGAGUACCAUGUAUGAGUUGAUUGUGCCAAAAUGAUCUGUUUGUAUAGGUUGUGUUUUUUGUUUGUUUGUUUUUUUUCCCUUUUUCUUUUCCUUCAGUAUAUACAUGCUGCUGUAUAAGCAAAGAGGGCUUUGGAGGACAGUCGUGAAAUGUUGGCGCUAAAACCCAAAGCACGCUUUUUGAAAACCAUAAGGGAUUGGGACUGAGAUGAUCUUUGUUUCAAUAAUAAAAUUCUUUCAAACCUUUA